AUGAAUUUAAUAAUUUUGUUUAAGCUUUAGAUCCAAGAGUAACUCAUAAAGAAGUGGAACAUUUAUUUAAAUUAGUAGAUAAAAGUGGUGAUCAUAAGGUAAAUAUUGAUGAAUUUAAAAAUUGUUUUGUGAUUAUGAUUAUUCUAAUUUAAAAGAUAUUGCUGAAAGACUUAUUGUUGAUCUUAAAGAAAUUAUUAAAGCUAAUAAUUUGAGAAUAGAAGAAGAUAUUUUUAAGAAUUUUGACAAAGUUAAAUAAGGAGAUUUAGAUUUUGAAGAAUUCACUAAAUUAUGUCGUACUGUAGCUCCAGCAUUGAAAAAUGAUGAGAUUCAAGUUGUGUUUAAAAAAUUUGAUAAAAAUAAUGAUCAAAAAAUAAGCUUUGAUGAAUUCAAAAGAGAACUAUCUUAUGGAACUGAUUAAGAUUCAUAGUUUAAUCCAGCCAAAGAAAAAGCAACUGUAUUUAUAUAUAAUAUUUCUAGAAAAUUCUUUCUGAAUUAGUGAGAAUAGUAAAAUAGAAUAAUGUAAAGGUUGAAUAAAUAUUCUAAAAUUUUGAUAAGAAUAAAAACUAAAAGUUAGAACUUGCUGAAUUUUAAUAAUUAUGUAAAGUUAUGGAUAAUACAUCAACACUUGAAGAAUAAACAUUUGUUUUUAAACUUGUUGACAAAAAUUAAGAUAAUUUAGUCGAUUUUUAAUAAUUUUGUUAAUUAUUCAAGUGA